AUGAACCACCCCCAGAAGACUUCAACCCAUCGUCCUCAUCAUCCUGCUCAUCACCAUCAUCCCUAUCGUUCAUCACACUCCAGAAGCACAUCCAAUGAUGGGUUCAGGAGACAUUCCAACCCUUCUUCACAUGAACCUCAUUUGACUAAACCAAGCGACCACCCUGAGCAAUUUGCCUUCGACCAAAAUAAACCCAAGUCACCAGUUUCCCAAUCAAUCAUCCUCAAGGGCAUUCCCUGGUCAGCCAAUGAAUCCUCUGUAUUCGAGUUCUUAGAAAGCAUGGGAGCCGCGGUUCGUUUUGUCAAAGUAAUCUACGAUCACCAAACCCACCGAAGCAAACGCUAUGCAUAUGCCCACUUCUUUGGCCUGGAUCGCGCACAAGAGUUUCUCGAGCCUCGAUUUCCAUUUAUUACCUGGAAAGAACCAGAGAAUUCUGAACACCGUAAUUACUACAAUACUUUGAAGAUCCGAAUCGACUAUUGCACCGAGCCACCAGAGGUCAAAAAAAAUCUUGGGAAUGGUGGAGAUGAUGACAAGAGUGAGAUACCAAAUCAAAUCCUUUUAUUACGAGGGCUCGACAAGAAGACCACCCUUCAAGAUAUCCAUACAUCCUUGCAGAUGAUACGUGAACGCAUUCCCAUCCAGAACAUCAUGCUGGUCAUGGAUCGGGCUACUCAAAUGAGUUGUGGAUAUGCGAUGCCCUUAGGGCCCUUGCCUUGA